UUGAUUGUUUCUGUCUGCCUCUCCAUUUUUUCCCUCUGAUAGACAAUGGCUGAAGCUCAGCUGUUUGGAUUACAGGAUGAGUUCAGCUGCUCAAUGUGUUUGGACAUUUUUAGUGACCCCGUGUCACUGUCUUGUGGUCACAGUUUCUGUCUGAAGUGCCUCACCGACUACUGGGAUCAGAGCCAAGUGUGCAGCUGCCCUCAGUGCAGACACACCUUCACCACAAGGCCUGAGCUGCACAGAAAUACCGUGCUGAACGAAGUCAUCAAGAAAUUGAAGAAGAUGCCAAUCAGUCCUCCUCCUUCUCCACCUCCUUCAUCUGAGAAUUAUGCUGGCCUUAGCGACAUGGAAUGUGACAUCUGUACAGAGAAGACGUUCAGAGCAGUAAAGUCAUGUCUGACAUGUAUGGCCUCCUUCUGCCAGACUCACCUACAGCCCCAUUAUGAAGCAGCUGCCUUGAAGCAUCACAAGCUGACUGAUCCUGACAGAAAUCUAAAGGAGAAACUCUGUGCAAAACAUCAGAAAAGUUUGGAAAUAUAUUGCAAAACUGACAAGAUAUGCAUCUGCCCAAUCUGUGGGGUGACUGAACACAAUGGUCAUAAAAUGGUAGAACUAGAGACUGAAAGAAAAGAAAAACAGAAGCACUUGGGUGCAACACUGAGUGAAAUCAGGAGAAGAGUUGAGGAGAGAAAGAAGACGCUGAAGGACACGAGGAGGGUGAUGGAGCAGAUAAAGGCGAGUGGAACUGAGAUAACACUUCAUAUCAAAAAGAAGAGAAAUAAAUUAAAACUAGAAGAGCAGCAGAGCGUCACUACUAAUGAUAACGAGGGAAUCUCUGCAGAGGAAGAAAUACAGGAAUGUAAGAAAAGCUUCAAUGAUCUGAUUGACUGCAUUGAGGAAACCUGCAGGAAACUGACCAAGAGGAUCAGAGAACAAGAAAAGAUAGAAAUGGAGAAGGCAGAAGGAGUCAUGGAACAACUGGAGAAGGAAAUUGGGGAGCUGAAGAGGAAAGAUGCUGAGAUGAGGGAUCUUUUGGAGACCAAGGACCACAUCCACUUCUUGCAGACUUUCUCGUCUCUUUGUGUCCUUCCUGCUGAUGGAGACUCACUCAUCUUCACUGUUACGGCUGAUUUCUCUUCUGAGGACCUGAGAAAGGAGCUGUCCAGCUUGAUAAAGAUUCUGGAGAAGAUAAACCAGGGGGUCAUCAUGACAUUGACCCCACCAGAUGCCUGUUCCCUCACAUUUGACCCAAACACUACACAUAGACACCUUUGUCUCUCUGAAAAGAAUAGGAAAGUGACAUGUGGGUGGACAGAGAACCACUAUCCUGAUCAUCCCGACAGAUUUGAUCGCUGGUGCCAGGUUCUGUGCAGAGAGGUUCUGACUGGGACUUGUUGUUACUGGGAGGUGGAGUGCAGCGGAGACUACAUGGCAAUCGGAGUUGCAUAUAAAGGACUGAGCAGGAAAGGAAAUGGUUUGGAAUGUCACCUUGGAUCCAAUAACAUGUCCUGGAGUUUGUCUUGGUCUUAUUCCCAGUACUCUGUUCAUUUUAAUAACAAGAAGACUGAAAUCAGUGCCCCCUAUGGCCCCAGAAUCGGCAUGUAUUUGGACUGCCAUGCUGGGUCUCUGUCAUUUUAUCGCAUCACAGACACAAUGACCCUCCUGCACAGGUUUAACGCCUCCUUCACUGAACCACUCUAUGCAGGAUUUUGGCUUCAGGGUCGAAAAGAGAAGCUUCUUACCACAUCUCCUUUGGCAAUGCAAACUCCUUGUGAAACUGACACAAGGAUUAACAUCUUAACUUUAAAGAACACCACGUUUGUGUCAGUUCCCAGAGCAUCUCCCUGCUUUGUGGAGACUCUAGCCUCUUCUAACUCUAACCUGGCUCACCAAAUCUCCUUGUACCUGCGUACCACCUCUGAGUUUUCAGAGUCACCAUCUAGAUCUGCAAGGUACUUAAACGGGUUUGACACUAUCAAAAUCUGGGGUUGA